AUGGAGCGAGCACGUCGCGACUCGGAGCAGCUGGAUGCGGACUCCCGGACCCUCGCCGCGCGCCCACACACCCAAUGGAUACCCUUGACCUCGAUCCUUUCAAUCUCGCAGCGCAAUAUCUCGUUCGGGCGCAAGAAAGACAACGAUGACCUCUUCAAUACCGUCUAUUCAGGCGCUCAUCGCACUGAAGAGUUCAGAGGGGUCAAGAAUACCAACGAUGACCUCACCAACCCGAUCCUCGAAGACUACCUAUCGAAGAGGGCAAAACGAACAGGUGCGAAGGGAACAGACGCGUCGGCAGCGCCCUCACGCCCCACCCCUCGUGAAGGAGACUUCGCCGUAACCCCAACUUCCCUCUUCCCACCCGAAAGCGACAUCCCCGGCUGGCGGCCAGACCUGAGCCCACAGGAGAAACUCGAACUCAAGGCGAAAUACCGCAAGGGAGAGCAACAAGAGGCGCUUAAGGAGGACAAGAAGCUCAUGGAUAUGUCACUCGAUCCCGACCAGAAAGCCCGCAGGCGUCUCGAGCGCAAACUCGUCAUUUCCGGCGUGAAGCGUCACGGCCGCAUGACAAAGGCGCAGAAGCUACUCCGUACCGAACGCCAGUCAGUCUACAGGUCACAACUCCUUCCUACGUCUACCAAGAAGCUGCAGAAGGUCGUGAACCAGAUCGCCGGAAAGACUGUCUCGGAAGCCCUCGUCCAACUCCGCUUUUCCCCGAAACGUGUGGCCCGCGACGUCAUCAAGGGCCUCGAAAUUGCGCAGAACGAAGCCAUUGCGGCCCGCGGCAUGGGUCUCGCUGGCGAAGACGCUGCGGUGUCGCGUUGGAAAAAGCAAAGAGCAGCUACGGAUGCGGGGAGACCGAAGGAUACUUGGGACUACAAGACGUCGAAAACGAAUGGCAGUCUGGAGGCGAAGCCGGUCAAGGUGCCUUUCUUCAAGGACACGACGAUCCAGUUGAAGGAUGGGAGUAAGAAGGUGGUCCGCGAUCCCAGCGAGAUAUACAUUGACCAGGCGUGGGUGGGACCCGGGCAGAGCUGGAAGACCCCUGAGUUCAGGGCGCGGGGUGCUAUCAACAUGCUGAAGCACCGGACGACGAGUUUCUCCGUUCUUCUCAAGGAAGAGAAGACGCGCUUGCGCAUCUCAGACGAGAUUCAGAAGAAGCGCGACAACCGCAAGCUGUGGACCGCACUUCCCGACCGACCCGUCACAUCACAACGGCAAUACUGCCUGUGGUAA